AUGCAAAUCCAACGUGCCCAAUAUGACCGCCAGAUCACGGCUCGGAUUCGUACGAACAAGAGACUCCGACAGCGAUGCAAGAAAACCCGCGAUCACUACUUUGCUGCACAGGUUGAGCUGAACCAAUACCGGGAAAGAGAUGGCUUGAAGGACAUUGAAGGGACUUCUUCUCCGAUGACACCGAAGAGGAGCGUGAACAAAUAA